CGCCCUAGCCCGAUGACUGCUGAUCGGAUCGGCACCUUGAGAUUUCCGGGCGCCCCGGUGAACGGGCGGACAGAGUUGGCAAAUGCUGGGAAGAUCCCGGAGCGCACCUUUGCCGCACGAGUCCAGAGGGAAGAAGCCAGAAGUCCGCAGUGCAGGUUUGCUGUGAGCUGGACGUCCAGGACACAGGUGCACCUGUGGUGCCCCCAACCCCGGGCCCUGAGGACCCUCCUCAGCUGCACUGCUGGCCACAUGGAAUUGCCAGUGCAGCUGCGCAUGGCAAGUGGACUUUUCCGAGAUGCCAGAAGGAUCCGGAGAAAGUGCAAAUGCACUGCGGUGGGCCGUGCCACUCCACUGUCUGGCUAUUGUGCAGUAGGGCUCCGGAAGCUCACUGGCUACACCCUCCGCACUGCCAGGAAAUGUGGAGGGCAGAGUGAGCCUGUCCAAAUCAGAGCUGAGGGGUGGAAGGGAACGCAUCAGGAUGGCUGCAUGGCUUGGAAUUUGCUGUGGCUGCUGCUGCUGCUGCUAUGGUGCAUGUCCACUGCAGGUGCUCUGGAAGUGGAGAUGGCAGAGGGGACACAGCUGGUAUCCCGGAAUGACAACGUCAUCAUACCCUGCAAAGUCCCUGGUUCCCCACACCUGGACACCAAGACUAUGGGAAUCCUCUGGUUUCAGAAGAAUGAAUCUGAGGUCACAGUGUUUGAGCUUUAUGGAAAUCACCUAAAGGCGUUACGACCUGGAGCCAUGGUGUCAAGGUUGGGGCUGGAGAGGGGCGACGCCUCCCUCCAGCUGCCUGGGGUCCAACUGUGGGAGGCAGGAGAAUACCGAUGCAAGUUGGUGGUCACCCCUGAAAAGGCAGAAGGAAAGACCAGGCUAGAGGUUGUGGCUCACCCAGCCAUCACACUGACUGAGGGACACGCCACAAUGAGAAAUGAUAGUGAGAAACAUAUUCUAUGCAAGGUGGAUGGAUUCUACCCAGAAGCCAUUAGCAUAAAGUGGGUGAAGCGCACCCCCAAGGAUCCCAAUUUCCAAGAGAUCACUGAGGGCGUUGACACUAGCCUCCCCUCGAAGAGAGAGGACGGUUCAUUCAGUGUUACCAGCCAGCUGAAACUGAAGUCCUCCCUGGAAGACAGUGGGACCACCUACCAGUGUGUGGUGGAGCACAAAUCCCUGCCCACCCCCACCAGGUUCAACAUCACACUGUCUGAGGAAAAAUCUACGAAGACAAACUUUCUCUGGAUUAUUCUAGUCUUUCUUCUAAUUUUUUUAAUGGCAGCAUGUUAUUUUCAUGGAAACAGGUACAGAUCAUCACUGGUGAGAAGUCUUAACUGCAGAAGGGACCAAAGCCUGUAGCUCAGCCUGGACCCGAUGUUUAUUUCCACAGAUCCGUCCCUUUCCUCUUCCCUGCACCCUUCUGUUUAGCCAUAUAGUUUUGCAGUGUCCCCUUCUACAGGACCAUCCCUUGACUUUAUGGUAAAUUAUGUGCCUUACUGUUUCCUAGGAAAACUUGAACUGUAAUUAGAAGAAUAAUUUAAGAAUUAAAUUAUC